CUCAGUCGCGGAGCAGGUCCAUGAGUUGUCAGCGCGCUCCUGGCGACUGCCGAGCCGGGGCGGCCGCGGGGCUUUCGCGGAGCUCCCGUAAGGUGCCUGCCCGAGCCAAUGUGCCCCGGUUCUGUGGGGCGUAAGCAGUCAUCGGGGCGGGACAGCUGGGGACCCGGGACCUGCCACAGAGCGUCGGUUUGCGAUCCGGAGUCAGCAGGAAGGAUGGAAAUCCUCUAUGAAUGUGGAAGCCAUUAGCAGAGUAAUUGCUGUCUGUUGCCAUGACAACCAGCCGCUGCAGUCACCUGCCCGAAGUCCUGCCAGACUGCACCAGUUCGUCUGCACCCGUGGUGAAGACCGUGGAGGAUUGUGGCAGCCUGGUGAAUGGGCAGCCACAGUAUGUCAUGCAAGUUUCAGCCAAGGACGGGCAGCUGCUGUCAACUGUAGUGCGGACUCUUGCCACCCAGAGCCCCUUCAAUGACCGGCCGAUGUGCAGGAUCUGCCAUGAGGGUAGCAGCCAAGAGGACUUGCUCUCUCCAUGUGAAUGUACGGGGACCUUGGGGACAAUUCAUCGGAGCUGCCUGGAGCACUGGCUGUCGUCCUCAAACACCAGCUACUGUGAACUCUGCCACUUCAGGUUUGCAGUCGAGCGAAAACCCAGGCCAUUAGUGGAGUGGCUCAGAAACCCUGGCCCCCAGCACGAGAAGCGGACUCUGUUUGGAGACAUGGUGUGCUUCUUGUUCAUAACGCCCCUGGCCACCAUCUCGGGCUGGCUGUGCCUGCGGGGCGCCGUGGACCACCUGCACUUUAGCAGUCGGCUCGAGGCCGUCGGACUGAUUGCACUCACUGUCGCACUCUUCACUAUUUACCUCUUUUGGACACUAGUGUCAUUUAGGUACCACUGUCGAUUGUACAAUGAAUGGCGUCGGACCAAUCAGAGAGUGAUUCUCCUCAUUCCAAAGUCUGUCAGCGUACCUUCUAACCAGCAGUCCUUGCUGGGCCUCCACUCGGGCAAGAGGAACUCAAAGGAGACGAUUGUUUAACGUCCGUGCGGUCGGUCAUUUGGUGGAUUUGCUGUUUGGAAGUUUCUGCACUGGGGCCGUGCACUGAGCCACCCCAAGCCCUCCCUUAAUUUUGUGGGUCAGAGAACAGCCAGAGCCGCGUUAGCACAUUGCCCGAGCAAUGAACUCCACCGGAAGAAAGCAAAUGCUGUUUUACUUCAAAUCAUGGAUGCUGCAAUCGUAUGAUAUUUGCUAAGCUGCCAAACACGUUUAUUUAGCAGAUACUGUAUGGAAUUUUCUGAACACCUCUUUAACAUAUGAGGAAGGUUGUUCUGCUAAGGAUGCAAUUCAAUUCUUCCUUUUUUGAGAUAUAUAUAUAUAUAUAUAUAUAUAUAGUAGAUGAUAAUCAAAAUUGAAAAGCCAAUGUAAAAACUGGUUUCUUGGUUUGGUUGGGUUUUAUUUGGGUUAGUUUCUUUGUUUCCCAGUUUCUAAUGUGGAUUCUUUGGGGAUAAUUUGAUAGCUUGAGUGGUCUUUUUCAUCUUUCAGAUCCUUUACUCACGGAGACGGCAUAAUGGCUGCAAAAUAAGUCAGAUUUGAAGGAUGUUUUGUACUAAAUCUCAUUUAAUUAUUCAUUUUUUUAAGGGAAAAAUAGGUGUGGCAGCGCUCUACAUGGUGAGCUGUUUAUUUAAAUAUCAUUAAAGAAAAAAAUGAUGGUGAGAAGUACGCUCCUUCCGACUUGUUUGGUACUGACAGCUGAUAGAGGCUAUUUUCUAAUAAUAAAUAUCCAGUGUGUGAAAGACAAA